UUAUUCGAAAGAAAGCUGAUUGUUCGAAAACUUCUCACACUAACGCGUAAUUUGUAUCUCCCCAUGCAACCCCUAUUGCGGUUGCGCUGUGCUCCAACAAUGAAAGAGCAUCUACAAACAUUUGUAGCUAAAUACCGGCGGUUAAGGAUCUUCGAAUUUGUGUUUGUCACCAGUUGGUUUCCAACCUCCGGCAGCGACAGUUCGUUUGAGAACUGUCUGAAAAGCGAAUUUGGACGAAACGUUUUGUUCGAAAAUUAAAAAAAGCUCAAAAAAUCAAAAACGAGACGGAAAAGCGUCAACGAACCGAUGUGCGAGUAAAUAUACGUACAAUAUAUUUAUGUUUUCAUUCGGCUAACAGUGAACAUUGAUGAGAAGUGCUAAAGAAAGGCAUUAGUACCGCUAUACACGUUUACUAACCUACUCAUAAGAAAGUGUGGUAAAAGCAACAUAUAAAUAGAUAUUUUGUGAUUGUGUUUCCUAUUCAAAAAGCUACAACGAAAAAACUCAAGUGGAAAACAGAAACAAAAAAUAAAAAAAAAACGGCGAAUAAAUGCAAAGUGCUCAUGACUUCCCUUGAGGCAUUUUUCUGUAUCCUGCUUAAUUUCGUGUUGUUCUAAUGGCGCUGUAAGGCGAAAAAUAAUUGCAAGGCGUUUGACCAAAAUACGUUAAAGGCUAGGUGCAUAACGUUCGAGUACCAUAGCAACCGAAAUUUCACCUAAAUAGUGCGCGGUGCGGCAAAAUGGGCGCCAACGAGAUAAGACAAACAGUAACUUUUGCACGAACAUUUCGCUUCCACGUACACAAGUCCUCACUUGUCAAUCUAAUUCACCAACAUUCUUGUGAUAUUUAAGUAGUUGCAUUUGAAAGUUUUUUAUGCAACAUAUUAUUUGAUAAAGUGCACCAUUUGGAUGACGACUGAAACCAACUGGCGACAAACUCUGCAAAAUGCGGAAAAACUAUAAAGCAGCAAAAGGGAGACGGCAAACCAAACAGACACAGACAACUGUGAGAUAUGCACCCGCAGAGACGUUGACUAGUGUCAUAUUCUUACAACAACGAAAACUUCAAAAAGCAACGAAAGGAAAACUGCAGGGAGAUGAAGGCAGUUUAGCAAAAACGGGACUUCCGCUUGAAAUCAACUUGAAGCACAUAUUCACAUCGACGUAGAAAAAACGCUAAUGGAGCGCUGUGAACGCAAUUUGUUGGGGAAAAAAGAGCUGUGGCUGUAAGAAGUCUACCACCUCGAAUGAGCUGUGCUUAACUUUGGAAUAGAAAAAUUUUUUAAAUUCGAGAGUCAGACAUUAAAUAGUAAAGCUUUUGCAUAACAAUAAUAUAAAUGUAUUAUUUAUUAAUCAGUGAAAUUGUCCAAAAUGUUAUAUUUGCACACGAAUAAUUAUUAAACCCCUUUUGCUGAAAGGUUGUGAAUACCUUUGAGUGCUUUUUAAUAGUUCAUACUUUGAGUAAAAAAUAAUUUCAACAUAAGGAAAUUAGAACAGACAGCAAGAGAUUACUGAUAGAAUUAAAUAAUUUAAAAUAUUUACAUAAUAGAAAAAAAAUAAAAAAAUUAAAAAGUGUUCCAAUUAAAGCAGUAAAAAGUUAAAUAUAAAAUUAAUAAUAACUUAAAACGUUUUACAAUUUUAAAAUUUCCAUAAAUAAUUUGAAACGCAUACAAAUCACGUUGAAGUUUUUUGUUAAAGUAUAGAAAAAAAAUUGAGAAAUAAUUACACUACAAGAAUUUUUAAUAACAUUAUCGGUUAAAAACUGUUGAACUGUUGUGUGAUAUUUUCCAGCUUUACUUGUAUGCAAAAGAUUGGAUUUUGCAAACAAAAUUACAUAUAUUAAAGGAAGCCUUAAACUUAUUUACACGAAACAUAAUAUGAAAUUUUAGACAAUUGAAAGCAAAACGAAAAAGAAAAAUUACGUUAACGUCUUUGGGGUCUCAGAUAUAUAUUUCUCAGAGAUAAGUCCAAAGACAGCGUUGAUAAACAAAAAGAAAUUAUAAAUUUCAUUUAAGCACACUAUAUAGAGUUAUUUCAGCAGGUAGUUCAUAAUUUUAAAACACUAAAAACUAACUUAAAAACUAACUUACCUAAGCUUUGGCGCAACGACUAAUAGUACAUCGAUUUGAAAUACAUAAUUUUCUUCCGUAAUUUCCCCAGCAGAUAUUUGAGCUGGAAUAACUAUUAAUUACUUAUUCAAAACUGAAAAUUAGCACCACUACCUCUUUAGUACGAGCGCGGGUUGUUCUUCUUGUCUUACUUCGUUUUAAGGUAGAAUAUAUUAUAGUACCCUGUAGGUUUGCGGCCCCGCUUCUAAUCGCAGACCGAUGACUCAACUCAAUACAACGCGCGAAUUCGACCCGAACAUUUUUCAUGAACUAAAGUCAUCUCAACGCAUUCAGGAUCUGCUACGCCAAGAGCCCGCUUUGCUACCACCCGCUGAUGUUGUGGAUAGUUCGACGCACGAUUACGACGCGGCGCCGAUUAAUUUGCAAGAUUUUAUACAAAGUGUGUCGGACAGCAACGUCUUCGUCGAGUAUAUUGCACCCACAGAUUCUACAAUAUUCUCCCUCGGCAACAGCAUUGCGGAUGACGGCACACUCUUUCCCCAGUUGACAGAGAAUUUUACCUUCCACAAUUUCUACAGCAACCAGUCCAAUGGCACAUUGUGCAAGGACGUCUAUCAUCCGGAUGACGACACCCGCCUAGAGUUUUGGGUUUGUGGCGUUGUUUUGAAUAUUGUCGGCAUAUUCGGUAUUAUUGGCAAUAUCAUUUCUAUGAUUAUACUGUCACGACCUCAAAUGCGCUCCAGCAUAAAUUAUUUGCUCAUUGGCUUGGCACGUUGUGAUACGACUUUGAUCAUCACAUCCAUGUUGCUCUUUGGCAUUCCCUGUGUAUAUCCAUAUUCGGGAUAUUUUUUCUAUUAUUACAACUACGUUUAUCCGUUUAUAUCACCGUCGGUUUUCCCAAUCGGCCUGACGGCGCAAACGGCUAGCAUAUACAUGACAUUCACAGUGACUUUGGAGCGUUAUGUAGCCGUAUGCCAUCCGCUUAAGUCACGUGCGCUCUGUACUUAUGGUCGAGCUAAGAUCUACUUCAUAGUUUGUUGCACGCUAUCGUUGAUCUACAACCUACCGCGCUUUUGGGAAGUUAUGACGGUGAGCUACCAGCCUGAGGGUAGUGAGAUAGUGUAUCACUGCUUACGUCCGUCACCUUUACGACAAAAUCAAACAUACAUCAAUAUCUACAUACAUUGGUGUUAUCUGAUUAUUAAUUAUAUAAUACCAUUCCUUACGUUAGCCAUACUCAAUUGCCUGAUCUAUCACAAGGUGAAACGGGCGAAUCGCGAACGCCAACGACUAUCGCGCUCCGAAAAGCGUGAAAUUGGCUUAGCUACUAUGUUGAUCUUCAUCGUAAUCGUCUUUUUUCUCUUAAACUUUCUUGCCCUUGUCGUAAAUAUUGAUGAAGCUUUCUACAAUAAAAUUGAUCACUCGUUAACGAAAAUCUCUAAUUUGCUGGUGACGAUCAAUAGUAGUGCGAAUUUCUUGAUUUAUGUCAUCUUCGGCGAGAAGUUCAAACGUAUUUUUCUGUUGAUUUUUUUCAAACGCCGCCUCAGCCGCGACCAACCCGAUCUUAUUCACUACGAGAGUUCUAUAUCGAACAACGGUGACGGCACAAUAAAUCAUCGUUCAUCGGGCCGGUUUUCACGACACGGUACGCAACGCAGUACAACAGGCACGUACCUGGUUACCGGAGGCGGCUCGAACAACAGUACUUUGAAGAAUGUGCGUUUGGUGCAGACAGGGUCACCCGGUGUGGUGAAGAUCAAACGCAAUCGGGCGCCCUCGCCGGGACCGAUUGUGUACUACCCAGCACGAGACAUUCAACGCGCGACGGUUGUGACCCCGGUGGCGUUAGCGUCGAACAACAACACGACAGUAAGCUGUGAUUGGAUUGACGGAAAGAACGGACAAAUGACUUCGGGGAUCUGAAAGCAUACGAACAAUACAGAUACGGUUGGAGGCGGCGAAAGUGUGUUUGUAGCGAAAGGGUAUAGCUGUAAACGAGUUUGAUUUAUUCACAUAUCGUGCGGUUAAUUGGAAUUUACCCGAGAUAUAUUAACCAAGCGGUGUUAUUAUGACAAUAAGUAAUAGUAUUAUUACUUUUGCAAGAUUCUAUUUAAAUCACAUCACAUCAACACAAUCUUCUAUGAAACAGUAGCACGACUAUAGUGAUUUUAAGCUUGUUUAUGCGAAUGUAUGUAUAUUAUGGAUCUGCCCACGACUUCCUAGCGUAAUUAGCUCGGUUCACUCGUGCUCAAUUCACUUACCAUUUUAUUUCCUUUGAUAUGGUUCUCAGAGUUAUUUAUAUUCAUAUUAAAAUAUAGAAAUGAAUGAUUUCGAAUAAUAAACGUCGGCAAUUUCACAUUUCCUUGUUUCGAUUUUCGCUUCUAACGUGAAUAUUUUAAUCUGUACACUGUUUAUACGAGUGUGGCAAUACUGGGUGCUUUGGUUUUUUUUUUUUUUUAAUUUAGCAUCUUCAGAGAAUUCAAACCAUGAGUCAAUGAUAUCAUGUUGUAGCGGUAGAAGCCCUGCUUCAUCAUGUUAACAUGCUUCUGACAAUUUAUGUAAAUUACUGAAAAGUUACUCGGCUUAUACCUUUGGUAACGUACACACAUAUAAACUUGUAUUGUAGCUUUUAAGCACAUACAUGUAUAAAAAUAUUCGGAAAACAACACAGCUUCUUUUGAAAUACUUGUAUAAAUUCAAAAACUAACGUUAAUGUGGUUUUUAUGCUGUCGUCGGAAGCUGUAUGUAAUUACUUAUCUACAAGUAUAUGCAUGGCAUGAUUUUUAUUUUUAAUUCGAUUUACGCCUUCCAUAUUAACUUUAUAAAUAUCCUGUUAAUUUCUUGUCACAAAAAUACUCCUCAAUAAAAAGAAAUAAAAUAAAAUAAAAUGUAAUAAUAUGGUACAGGCUGAUUGGUGUUAAGUUCAAUAUAGAUGUCUACAAACCAAGUUUUUUACAAGAAUUUCUUCAAUGUUAAACACCACAUAUGUACAAGUAUGCAUAUAUGGUAGAUGUAAAAUGCUUACAUUUUAGCUACAACUGUUAUAAACAGCCAAAUUUAUCCAACCUAUUCGUGUACCCUGAACAUUUGUAUAUGUGUAUGUAAUUGUAAGGCGCUCCUGCGUAAUGCGUACUCGUAUCAACAUCCUAUUUGCAGUUAAACAGUUUCAUGCGUUAUGCACACUUUCGCUACCCUUGAAUUUAUAUACUACUUAUAUGUACGAGUAUGUAGGUAACUGUAUCUAUGCAAGUGAAUAAAGUUUGUAAAAUAUUAGACCUAAAUCUUAGCUGUAAAACUUAGUAUAAAUUCUGUAGUUAAUUAUUUGAAUAGUUAAAUCUCCAAAUAUGAACUAUUUUUCCGAAUAGACACCUAUAAAUUUACAUGUGUAUGUAAAUACUUACAUAAAAAUAUAAAUGACAAAUUCUAGACAUAAGUAAACAAGUAUCAUGUAACUAUUUGAAUUUUAUUCAAGCGAUAUAUUAUGUGUAUCUAUUGUUAUGUUGAAAAUAUUAAAUGACAAAAUUGUUACAAAAACAAACAAUAAUAACGGAUUGGUUAACUACAUACGGUUUAUAAAAUAAAAGAUCACGCCACUCAAGUUACAAAAAUAUGUGUCGUCCUCCAGUGACAUAAUAUAGAAUUGAUCUCUGAUUGGUCGAUUAGAAUUAGAACAAAUGCUGAAACUUAAAGCAGCAGUUGCGCGUGUUCUGUUUUGGUACUAAAUAAAAAGAAUUAGUAGAUAAAUUAAUCAGAAUUAAAAAGGUUUUAAAUCAUCACGAAAUAUAAUUAUACACUAUACAUUUUUUAGGUUUUUAUAUAUUUUUUCAUAAGUUUGGCAAAAGUCAGAAUUGGUCUAAUUACGUGGCGUGGCCUUGUAUUUAAUGAGCAUUGUUAAAUACAAAAUCUAUGAAAUAAAAUAACUCAAAUAAAACAGUUUUAAAGAAAUGAAAA